GGACGGAGGCGCGGCGCUUACCGGCCGGCGCUCAGACUUGAAGAGGCAGCGCGACAGCGGCGGGAGCCAAUCGCAGCCAGGCCUCGGGAGCGAAGAGGCCGGGCUGGAGACUUCGGAGACCGCGGUGCAGUUCUAAGAACAGAUAGAAGUGGCUAUGGAUAAUUCAUAUGAUUUCAAACAAAAAGGUUCAUGUAAUGGAAUUCCAUCUGAGAAGAAAAACAACUUCCUUGUGUCAGAAGAUCAUGGACAGAAAAUCUUAAGUAUACUACAGAAUUUUCGAGAACAAAAUAUCUUUUAUGAUUUCAAAAUAAUCAUGAAAGAUGAAAUAAUCCCAUGUCAUCGUUGUGUGUUAGCAGCAUGCAGUGACUUUUUCAGGGCUAUGUUUGAAGUAAACAUGAAAGAAAGAGAUGGUGGAAGUGUUACCAUUACUAAUUUGUCCUCCAAAGCAGUAAAAGCAUUUCUUGAUUAUGCCUAUACUGGAAAAACAAAGAUAACAGAUGAUAAUGUGGAAAUGUUCUUCCAGUUGUCAUCAUUUCUUCAAGUUUCCUUCCUAUCCAAAGCUUGCAGUGACUUUUUAAUAAAAAGUAUUAAUCUUGUCAAUUGUUUACAGUUAUUAUCUAUAUCAGAUAGCUAUGGUUCUGCCCGUUUGUUUGACCAUGCUUUAUACUUUGUCCAACAUCACUUUUCUUUAUUAUUUAAAUCCAGUGAUUUCUUAGAGAUGAAUUUUGGAGUACUGCAAAAGUGUCUGGAAUCAGAUGAAUUAGAUGUUCCUGAAGAAGAAACUGUACUGAAAGUUGUCCUUAGUUGGACUAAACAUAACUUAGAAUCAAGGCAAAAACAUCUGCCUUAUUUGAUUAAAAAAGUAAGAUUAUGUCAGUUAUCUGAGGAGACACUUCAAGAUUGUCUACUCAAUGAAGAGUGUUUACUCAAAAGCACAAACUGUUUUGACAUAAUCAUGGAUGCAAUUAAGUGUGUGCAAGGUUCUGGUGGACUUUUCCCUGAUGCUCGACCAUCCACAACUGAAAAAUACAUAUUUGUUCACAAAACUGAGGAAAAUGGAGAAGCUCAAUAUACGUUUUGCUAUAAUAUUAAAAGUGAUUCAUGGAAGAUACUGCCACAGUCACACCUGAUUGAUUUGCCCGGAUCUAGUCUAUCUAGUUACGGGGAGAAAAUAUUCUUGACAGGUGGUUGCAAAGGGCCAUGUUGUAGAACAGUUCGGCUUCAUAUUGCAGAAUCAUAUCAUGAUGCCACUGAUCAAACCUGGUGCUACUGUCCAGUCAAAAAUGAUUUUUUCCUGGUAUCAACUAUGAAAACACCAAGAACCAUGCAUACAUCAGUUAUGGCUCUCAAUAAAUUAUUUGUCAUAGGUGGAAAAACUAGAGGAUCUCAGGACAUUAAAAGUCUCUUAGAUGUUGAAUCUUACAAUCCUCUUUCCAAAGAAUGGGUGUCUGUUAGCCCAUUACCCAGGGGCAUAUACUAUCCUGAAGCAAGUGCAUGCCAAAAUGUAAUUUAUGUUCUUGGAUCAGAGGUAGAAAUUACAGAUGCUUUUAACCCAUCACUUGAUUGCUUUUUCAACUACAAUGCUACAACUGAUCAGUGGUCUGAACUAGUAGCAGAGUUUGGGCAGUUUUUUCAUGCAACAUUAAUUAAAGCUGUCCCAGUAAACUGCACACUCUAUAUAUGUGACCUUUCCACUUACAAGGUUUAUAGUUUUUGUCCAGAUACUUGUGUUUGGAAGGGUGAAGGAUCUUUUGAAUGUGCAGGCUUCAAUGCAGGUGCAGUUGGAAUUGAAGAUAAAAUUUAUAUAUUAGGUGGUGAUUAUGCACCAGAUGAAAUCACAGAUGAAGUUCAGGUCUACCACAGCAGCAGGUCUGAGUGGGAAGAAGUUUCACCAAUGCCAAGAGCCUUAACUGAAUUUUACUGCCAAGUGAUUCAGUUUAAUAAAUACAGAGACCCAUGGUUUUCUAAUCAUUUCUAAAAGUUGUGUAUGAUUAGACAUUUUAAAGCAAUUGCAGUUCUAGAAGCCUGCAGUAAAUUUAUUAACUUUAAUUAUUGGUAAAAAGGUCUUUACAGCUUAGUAAGAUAAAAUACACCUUCUAUAAGAGAAUUACUGUGAAUGUAUACCAUAUUAGAGAAAUACUAUGAAUGUAUACUAUAUAUGAAUUAGCAGUUCCCAGAAACUUUAAAAUACACAAUACAUUUUACCAAAAGCUGUAUUUAAUUUAAUCUUGGAGAAUCUAGGAUAUUAGUAUUUUCAUAUGUAAGUAAAACUCAGGCUUUGAUGUUUUGAUUCUUAAAGUACUUUAUCCAUGACAGAAAAACAAAUCACACUUCACAGAACUGUACAAUGUAAAUGAGAGAAGUCUCUUUAGAUAGUAAAAAUGACUUAUUUAUACUAUAUUAUAUGAAGUGUAAAAUAUAUUAAAGAUGAGAAUCCUAUCUUGUUACUACAGGUAUAAGAGUAGUUGAAUUACUAUUUUUUCUGAUCAUUGGUUAGCUAUUUUUAAGCCCUUUCUUUUCUUUCACUUAUUUUUCAGUCAGAAAAUUUUCUGAAAUGUAUUUCCCCAGCUUUCUAAAACUGUACACUAAACAUGUUUUAAUUUUUUGAUUCAACUCUUCAGUAAGAGUAUAGUGUACUGUAAUGCUGUUGGCAGUUACUGAAAUGUCUUAAAUUUUGCAUAUUCUAUUAGUUUUUAGUGUUAGUUGGUCUCAGUUUUUACAGGUAUUUUAUUUUCUGGCUCAAGCUCAGUAAAUUAACUUUCUUAAUUUAUUUAAUCAGUUCAAGUUAUACCUGACCUGAUUUUAUCUUGACAUGUAACCCUUUUAGUGAUGUUCUUGGAUUCUGGGAUGGUGGUCCUAAAAUACUUUUCCAUAUCAUUGCUGGCUCCCAAUGUAAGCGAGGACAUAGAAAAUCUGACCUCUAGAUAAGUGGACCACUAUUGCUGGCAUUUCUUAGGCUUUUGCAUGUACACAUUUGAGUUGCAGUAAGAAAUUUAAACGCUUCAGUUAGCACCGUGUCAGUUUUCUGUGAUGGUGUAUACCCUCUGUAAAGUGCUGUGUAUGUUUUCUUCAGCAAAUUAUUCAUAGUGAAUUAUUUACUAAUUUAAAAAUGUGACUGGGCUCUUGGUAUUCAUAGUAGAUAUGUGAAACUUGUAACUUAUUAGAUGUUUAAUCAUCUCUCACCCAAACAGUGAAAGAGAAUCAUCCUUGUUCUCAGCUAAGAUGAUUCUGCCUUGUAAGAGGAUAUGUUUCUUUAAUCAGUUUUAACGAUACAGGUAUUUUAGGUUUUAGGACCUGAUUUAUAUCUCAGGUAAUGUGUAGAUUAUAUUUCUCUGGAAUCAAAUGAAGUUUCCCAUACACUGUAGUAAAUGUUAAUCUGUUGUAAAUAUUCUUUAGAAGUGGAAAUAUACCUAAAUGAAGGUCCUUUUAUUUUACCAUAUAAAUUUAUACAAUCAUAAAUUUCAAAUAUAUUUUUCAAAAUGAAACAGAAUGUUAGACUAAAUUAUCAUGCAAUUCCAAAAUCAGGGAUGGUCCGUAAUCAGACGAUAGUUGCAUAAAAAUUCUGUAGAAUUGGUAACUUCCUCCAUACCUACCUUUGUUGGCUCUGCCCUUCUCUCUCUCUCUCUCUCUGUGGGUGUGUAUAUGUGUGUUGGGUGCGUAAGAAAGAAAGAAAAUUCAGUGGAGGCUUUGUGUGUGAAUGUGGCACUUUGAAAACAAGUUAUUUGAAAAAGACCAUAACACAGUGGGUGACUAAAUUGUUAAUUUAAACACAUAUAAACAAAUAUUUCGAGAAAGGAGCAACUAAAGCAAAAUAGAAUCCCUUCCUGAUGUUUUAUUAUUAUAUCUUGAUUUCUACCAUUCUUUUCACUGGCCAGUGAUUUUUUUAAUUUUUAUUUUUACUUGAAGGAUAAUUACAAUGUGGUGAUGGUUUCUGCCCCACAUCAACAUGAGUCAGCCAUAGGCAUAUAUAUGUCCCCUCCC